AUGAAUAUUUCUCAAAGUGAUGAUUAUAAAGAAUUUGACUUUUGGGACCAUAUUAUAAUAUUAGUAUAUCCAGUGUUAGAUUAUCAAGCUCACGUGAAAUUUGUUAUUGCUGUUAUUGGAGUUUUUGUCAAUAUAUUCCAUUUGAUAGUUCUAACUAGAAAGUCGCUGAGAGUUUAUACUAUCAAUAUUUUCCUAAUAGGUAUUGCAAUUUGUGAUUUUAUUCGAUUACUUUCAUAUGUUCUUCUCGCUUUGCCAGAUUAUCAUUAUAGGUACCAAAAGUCGAUUAUGUCUUCAAUUUGUAUCCCACCUCCUUCAUAUGCUUCAUGUUUUCUAUUUGUACACUUCACACCGAUACCCAGAGUUUUUCAAGAUCUUGCAGUUUGGUUUGGUGUUGCAAUGGCAGUUUUGAGAGUCAUUAUAUUAAAAUAUUCAUUAAGUCUAAAAGCUCAAAAUCUGAUAAGUUCAAAUUCCGGAAUUUGGAUUCUUUUCGUGGUCUGUCUUCCACAUAUCGUAUACUGGAUUUUCGAGUUUCAAUGGACGGAAAUUAGGGAAUACGGCAUUUGGGAGAUUCCUUCUGGUUGCGCUAAUUUCACUUAUACCUCCCCACGUAUAAUUUACUCCAUGGGGCCUGAGGAAUACCAAAAUGAAACUUUGCUUCUAGUAGAAGGAAUUUUCUUUACUUUGAUUCCAUCUAUAAUUCUUCCGAUUGUCACUAUAGUUCUAAUUUAUUUUCUGAAAACUAUGAAAAGGUCAACAGCAUCUAACAAUAAUAAUCACAAUGCUCGUUCUACAAAAAUGGUAGCAUUAGUGACUGUUACCUUUCUAUUAGCUACUGUUCCUCUUGGGAUAACUUAUUUGUAUCAACAUACUGAUUUCAGUUUUGGAAUUAGUUUUUUCUGCAGCAUGUUUGUUAUUAUCUGUGAAUUCGUGUCACUAAUCAAUGGGACAAUGCAUUUCUUAUUAUGUGUUUGUAUAUCAUCACAGUACCAAAGAAUUGUUAGAGAAAUGUUUGGGCGAAAAAUUAAUCGGAUAUCGGUGGCAAUAUUAUGA